AUCCCUUGGGAGAUCCUGCGUGGCCUACCUGGCAGCGUUGUUGUAAGGAGCAAGAACUGAGGAGUUGGGGAUGGGGGUGGGACAGGGGGUGUUAAUGGAUCAUGACAUUGUGCCACGUCGGCCCAGGUUCGCUCCCUGUGAAAUCGUCUCCUUCCUAAACUUCAGAACGUGUGCAAGCUCUCACUUGCGCGUUCGCUAAGCUCAUUAGCGCUGGCGUUCUUCGGCGCUGCCUUACACCGGGGUCAGACCAGGUCCGUCAAGGAACUCUCCAGGGUGUCACGGUGAGUUCUCUCCCAUCCCUACCUGGAGACAGCGGGGACAGGACCUUCAGUAGUCAAAGCAGAUGACCUAGAAGUUAACGGAGCUUGGAUAAUAAAUGAGGGCAUGUGAACAUUAACCUCCAUCCGUUAUCCUAAAGUCUGUUGAUCUAUGCUAGUUCUCAGCACUUGGGCUGCCAAGCUGUGCACGUUUACAUGGGAGUAAACUCCACCAAACGUAGCCUUCUGAGUCAACAGGCAUGGGAUCGCUCUGCCCUUUGCACCUGAAUGAAUGGACUGCCUUCAAAUCUAUUCUGACUCAUGGCGACCCUAUGAAUAGAGUUUCCAGGGUAAACAGUAUUCAAAGGGGGUUUACCAUUGUCGCCCUCUGAGGCUGAGAUGCCCAAGGUCACCCAGUGAGCUUCAUGGCUGUGUGGGGAUUUGAACCCUGGUCUCCCAGGUCGUAGUCCAGCACUCUAACCACUACACCACACUGGCUCUCUCCAUUUGCAGGUGGCUAUGGUGGAGGUCCAGCUGGAUACUGACCAUGACUACCCGCCAGGGCUCCUGAUAGCAUUCAGCGCCUGCACAACCGUACUGGUGGCUGUCCACCUCUUUGCCCUCAUGAUCAGCACCUGCAUCCUCCCAAACAUCGAGGCCGUCAGCAAUGUGCACAACCUCAACUCUGUCAAGGAGUCCCCCCACGAGCGCAUGCACCGGCACAUUGAGCUGGCCUGGGCAUUCUCCACUGUCAUUGGGACUCUGCUCUUCCUGGCGGAGGUGGUCCUCCUCUGCUGGGUAAAGUUCCACCCGCUGAAGAAGAAGUCUGGGGAAGGCGGUCUGGAAAGCAAUACCACCACCAUCACCGCCGGUGAGGCUGCCGCAAUCACCUCAACCUCCAUCAUGGUUCCCUUUGGGUUGAUUUUCAUUGUGUUCGCGGUCCACUUCUACCGGUCGCUGGUGACGCACAAGACGGACCGCCAGUUCCAGGAACUGAACGAACUCGCUGAGUUCGCCCGGCUCCAAGAUCAGCUGGACCACAGAGGUGACACUCUCCCACCUCCAGGCAGCCAUUUUGCAUAGAAACCAAACUCUGAAUUUUUUUUAAAAAAGAGAGCCAACACAAAUGUUCUGCUGUGUUCUGUUGACUCCCUCCUGCAUGAAUUUGGCUGGAUUGUGAUCUUGGUUUGGAAAGACAGUAGUAGUACUGUAUUUUAACCCUUUAGUGCUCUUAACAAAAAUACAGUGCACUGUUCUUGUAAUAUUUUUGAAGGACUGACAUCUGGAGGUGCAGAUGUUGGAGGAAGGAAUUCUGAGUUGGUGGGAAAAUCUCUCAUCGCACCUCGUCUUACUGGUAUCCUCCUGUGGUUUCUUUCCUUUCAACCCUGAUUCAUAAUGAGGGGAAAUGGAAACUUUGUGCUGUCGGGUUAGGGGGUGGGCAAGGACACAGGAGGAAGUUAGAGGCUUGUAGGAAAGAGUUAUGCUUUACUCCUUUGCUUUUAAUAACUGGCGUCACGACAGUGUUGCUUUUUGCUUGUCAGAUUCAUGUUGCACAGUCUGAAUGUAAACAUACUUGAGAGAAUCCAGAAAUGACAACUUUGUGUUUGGCACUAGUCACGGGGCCCCGGUAGAGAAGUCAGAAAUAGACACUAUGUGGCACAGUGUCACUGACGUACAGAAAAGCUUUUAGCCAGAGAAUUCAGUUUCCAAGUACAGUAGGGCCCCACCCAUACGGUGGGUUACGUUCCGGACCCCCUGUAAAGCGAAAACUGCUGUAAAGCGGAACCCAUUUAAUAGAAUGGUGCACGAUGCCCGAAAACCGCUGUAAAAGCGGAACAAGCGCCGUAUGAGUGGGGCUUUAGUCUAAUUGCGUCUAAUUGAGACCGCUGUAUUAGCAAAGCGCUCUAAAGCGGGGCCCUACUGUAUCUUGAUUCCCCCCCUUUUUUUUCUUUUAAGAGAAGCUAGUUUUCUAGCCCUCAACAUAAAAGCUUAUUAAAAUCUUGGAACCACCAGGGGUGGCUGAUUACUAGGCUGGAGAAUGAGCACCCUCUCUUAACUCCUACCUGUUGUUCACUUGACUCGCAGAAGAACAAUUGAAUAGGAGAAACUGAGCACAUGCUUCCUUAUCCUUUCCUGCUGAUUGAAGUCAAUCACAGUGAAAGGAGGGAAGUUGGCAGCUGAGAAGAUUCUUCUCAGUAGCUAACACACCCCCUUUCAUGCUGAUUGGCUCCUAGGGACAUCUGUUUUUGUGGGACAAGGCACACCUGGGAAGGAGUGUGGAGACAGCAGCCAGAAAGCCAGCAAGUGAGGGGGCACAGAAUAUCAUGAAGGGACCCGUCACUUCUGGAUUUGCCACUACACUACUGAUCCAGAAUGAUGGAAGAGGGAGCAACACCAGAAUGUGGAGGGCCACAGGUUCCCCCCCCCCUUUCUUGUAGAUCAGAAUACUGGGAGAAUAAAUAUGACAUUUCUGUGUUGGAAUGGAGCAAGGGUGCUUCCCCCAGGCCCAUAAAGUAAUCUAUCCCUGAAUUAAAGAAUUUACAUCUUGAAACUUUCUUCGCUGCCCUUUUGAGCCUUGUUGCCUAGUAACUUUAUUACAUAAAAACUUUCAUGCCGUUGUCUUACAGUGGCAGCUAGGAAUUGUAUAACUUGACUACCAUGACAUCAGCACUGCACAAAUGUAAACCAUUUUAGAACCAGUUUUCACUGCCCUAAAUUCCCCCAAAGGACUCUGGGAAAUGUAGUUUUAGGAAACCUGCUCUCACCAAACUACAAUUUCCAGGGGUACCUUGCUCCAGCUUUAUUGCCAAAGGCAGUUAAAAGAGCCUCGGCAAACCGGUUUUAUUUCUGUACUGUAUACAGAUCCUUUUUCUUCUGGGUACACCUCUCCUCUGCAGAACGAAGGCCCUUGUUGCAUUUAGGAAGAAAAUGUACAGCAGUGUGACUGCUUAAGGGCCAAGGUAAUCUGUAUGUACCAAGGGCAUAGCUGCCCUAGGAAUAUGUUAGUGCAAAGCCAAAUAUCGUAAGCUUUUUUUAUUUGAAAUAAAAUGUUUAAUAAGAAUAAAGACACAUGGGAAGCUGCCUUAAUACCUGGAUAGAUGAUUUGUCCAUCCAGCCCAGUAUUGUAUACUGUGACUGGCAGUGGCUCUCCAAGGUCCCAGGCAGAAGCUUUCCCAUUACCCGCUACCUGAUCCUUUUUAACUGGAGAUGCCGGGACUUGAACCUGGGACCUUCUGCGUGCAAAAUGUGUGCUCUGUCACUGAGGUCUUGGCCUGUGAAUGUAAAGGAAUUCAGCUGACAGGAUUGCUGUUGCUAUUUUUUUUAUCUCGAUAUAGUGACAUCCAUGUGCCUGGGGUUUAACAAUAGACAGGUCCCUAUCCCAAGGGGCCUAUUCUGUAAAUUAGACACAGGAAAACACCUUGGAAGAGAUGAGGGAGGCAGUGGUAAAUGGGGCAAAUAAAAGGUUAUGGAUUAUAUCAGUUAUUGUGGGUAGGGGGUUGUUCUCAAAAGUUUGGCUGAGCUUCCCUGAUGCCCUAGACUCAAGAACCACUGAUAGCACUGGACAAACCACUUGUUGAAUUCUAUAUUAAAGCAAUUCUUUCAAACCUUUUUUGUUUCCUAGAGGGGGAUAGCCACAUUAGUGUGUUGGCAGCAAAACGAGCGAUCUUGUGGCUCCUGAAAGACUCACACAUUUAUUAUGGCAUAAACUUUCAUGGACUGCAGUCCGCUGCUUCAAAUGCAAAUCUUCUGCUUGCUUUGGUGUACCGCGCCCUUUGUUAUUAAGAGACAAUGAGAGCUGUAAAUGUGUUUUGCCCAGGCUGUUUGCCCUUGAUUUAUUGCUGGACUCACAGAGUUUGCACUUUGCAGUGGGAGUUUGAUAUUAAAAUUACUGCUAGAAUAUCCGGGAGUAUUUUACUGCUGUUUAUUGCCUGGAAUGCUUGAAAAAAGUUAUAGAUCAGGGGUGGGGAAGCUUUGGCCCUCUGGAUGUGGUUCCUUACCUACAACUCCUGUCCUCCCUGACCAUUGGUCAUGCUGGCUGAGGUGGAUGGGAGCUGUAGUUCAGCAACAUCUGGAGGGCCCAAGGAUCUGUAGCAGAGUGUCAGUAUUGUUUUCAUCCUGAGUAGAAGAAAUUGGGGAGGUCCACUUCUCGUUUUGUGGUUGAUUUCCCUCCUCUUCCAAAGCAUCUUGCAUUCUCCACUCUUCCUUGGCACCUGAGAACACAGGGUGACUGGUAAUUCAACUUGCAGAAGGGAAGUACUUUUACUACUGAAGUGGAUGCUGGAGGGGGAGCCAGUGGCCCUCCAGAUGGUGUCGGACUCUACCUCCCAUCAUCCCUGGCCAUUGGGCAUCCUGGCCGGGGCGGAUGGGAGCUGGGGGUCAGCAGAGGGCCACAGGUUCUCCACUCCGGAGCUGAGUGUUCAGCUUCCAUUUGGGAAACUGAAGGACAGGAUCAGCUGGAGCAGGAUUUUGUUUCUGGCAGCAUCGCAGGCGGAAAAGGGGGAGACGGCUAAAGGGGGUCUGAGGCCAGCUGGAAGGGCCGUAUCUUGGCGGCAUGGCAUCUGCCUUGCACGCAGAAGAUCUCAAGUUCAGUCCCUGGCAUCUCCAGGUAGGGCUGGGAAAGCCCUCUGCCCAAAACUCUGGAGAGCCACUGCCAGUCAGUGUAGACAGUACUGAGCUAGAUGGGCCGACAACCUUACUCAGUGCAAAGCAGCGUCCUGUGUUCCUUAGUGCGGCCCAGGAACUUGGAAUUGCAUUCCAGCCAAUUGCAGACAGGGCUGUGGAGUUGAUACACCAAACCUUUGACUCUGACUCCGACUCCUCUAUUUUUCUACUGUCCGACUCAGACUCCUUCAUAAAUGGCAAAUGUAUAUUAACUAGUAAUAACAACUUUACUGUAGUAAAAUGGUAGCACAAGGCAUUUCAACACCACCAUGUGAAUCAUCAGGCUAGACUGAUAGAACAUAAAAUUGAUUAAAUUGAUUAAAAUUUCUGAACAAGAAAACUUUCCUAAAUUCCUAUGAAAGUUUUUAUUUUGAAGCCAGAGUCGGAGUCAGUACACUUCUACCAAUACCGACUCCGACUCCACCUAAAAUUGCUUCCAACUCCACGACUCCAACUCCGACUCCACAGCCCUGAUUGCAAAGGCGGAGACAGGGAACAAGAAGCGCCCACUCAUGGGGUACAGGCUGUACAACAUUUUAAGAUUGGCCGUAUGCUGCUCCGAGUAGCAGAACUGGUGCCUUCUCCAGGCCAGAAGGCACCAGGUUCUCAGCCUCUGUCUACAAAGAUAGGCCCUGGCCUGCUCACAUACUUUUUGUACUUACAUACUUAUUUUGUUAUUCAUUGUAUUUUUAUGCUAUUUUAUGUUCACCGCCCAGAGAGCUAUUGCUAAUCGGGCGGUAUAUAAAUUUAAUAAAUAAAUAAAUAAAUACAUACAUACAGCACUCCCAGAGGUCACCAAUCCAAGUUCUGAUUGAGUCUCUGCCUACUUAGUUAGCAUCACUAAUGCUGUAGCCUGGCUUGUCCCAAUCUGGUGCCCUCCAGAUGUUGCUAGAUCACAACUCCCAUAAGUCCCACCCCGCAUGGCCAACGGUCAGGGAUGAUGGGAGAUGUAGUUUCUGGGGGGCAUCAGGUUGAGGAAAGCUGGUGUAACCUCAAGUGUUGCUAGACCAUUCAUUUGACUCCAGAAGUGAAUAUAUAUAUUGCUUGAGGAAUAUAUGCAUUAAUGAACGGCUCCUUGAUGGUAGGACCUAAUUUUGUCCUACCAGUAAAAGUGGCCACUAUUUUUAUAUAUUACUCUGUUUAAAAAAUGAAAUGUGUGUAUACAUAAUGAACAGAUCAGACGCUAAUCUGUACAUGGCCCCGUUGCUGGACUAUAGGUCCCAUAAUCCUUGAUUGUUGGCCACUCUGGUUGGGGUUGAUGGGAAUUGGGGUCCAGCAACAUCUGGAGGGCUAUAUUUUCCCAUCCCUGUAAUAAGGGCUGUUGCUGGAACCCUUAAGCUACUAACUGCACUUUUUGAUCCUUACAAAUAUUUUCAGGAUCCUUAAGAGCAUUAAUUUUUGAAACAGAUGCAUAUUUGCUUUGGCACGUUGAAGACUCUCUGUACAGAAGUGUUUAUCAAGUAGGCUUUGAAAUGUGCUUUUGUGUUCUAUUUUUAUUUCAUUCUUAAGGAGCAAUCCUAGUUGCUUCAUUUUUGGAGGUUAAUCACUUCCCGUGUCAAAACACUGUUGUGUUCAGAGUUCUUCUCUGGGCAAAGCUCCCGGCGCUUGUCAUGCAAGGCUGGAAUGUGGGAUGUGUUUUGAAUUAGAGGGUUAUUUCAGGAUAUGUGUGUCAUCAAAGAAUCGCGUUCUCUGGGUGACAUGGUUGCCUCUGGAACAGGAGUGAGGAACCUGCGGCCCUCCAGAUCUUGCUAAACUACAGCUCCUAUCAUCUCUGACCAUUGACUAUGCUGACUGGGGCUGAUGGGAUUUGGACUCCCAACAGCAUCUGGAGGGCCAAAGCCCCCCUCCUCCCUUGUUCCAGGUUAGGGAUUCCCAAACUGUGGUCUGUGGACCACCAGUGGUCCUUCAGUCAGGUGGACUGAGGUCUAAUUAUGAAGAACAUCAGGCACAAUGCAUCAGACAUUCAUAUUGAUUUUUAAUUAUACUUUUAUGGCUUUGUUUAUUUCUUGUAUUUUAUUUCCUUAUUUAUUACUGUAUUUUACGUUGUAUCCUAUGGAAUGCUGAUGGUGAUACAAUUCAAUAUGAGAAAUAAAAGAAGCAAUAAAAACACAGUUAAAAAUCACGCAGCAUCUAGCACAGUGCAUGACAGUCGCUACGACAGACAGAGAAAUCACGAAGCGGUCCACCAAGAUGCUUAGCAAUUUUCAAGGGAUCUGUGCGGGAAAACAUUUGGGAACUGCUGCUCUAGUAGAGAAUAGAAAUAUUUUGGCCUCUCCAUCCUUGCCACCUUCUGUGUAUACUUGUUUCGACUUCCCAGACCCCCAGUUGCUUUUUCUUUUUUAAGUCUGUAGCCCUCAUAAGGAACCAUAUUUUUUCCACACACAAUAAGGUCCUCGUUAUGAUAAGAGAGAUACUGGAAAAUGCAAGAGCCAGAUUUAGGAAAAAGUCACUACCGAUGCUAAAAAGAAGACAACCUAUAUUGUGUACAUCAUUGCUAAGUUAGUAAACGUCCCUAUACCGGGACUGGAAAAAUACUUGAAAUUGCCCAGUGCUGGCAUCAAAUUUUUACAUACUCAGGUAGGGGACAGGCCUUAACCCUGUAGUAGACCAUCCACUUAGAAUGCAGAAGGCCCUACUUUUAAUCCCCAGCAUCACUAGGUAGGGCUGGGGGAGGCCACUGUCCAAAACCCUGGAGAGCUGCUUCCAGUCAGUGUAAACAGUUCUGAGCUAGGUGGACUGAUAAUCUGACUGUAAAAAAGGCAACUUCUUAUGUUCCACCUGUAAGUAAUUCCAUUCCAUAUAUAUCCUUUCUUCAAGCCUCUUCAUUUUUAUUUUUUUUGCAUUUAUGACAGUCUUCAGAAGAAGAAUAUUGUCGAACAGUAUCACGGCGUGUUUGGUUUCGGCUCUGUGGGAAAUGCACAUUCCUGCCCAAGGCUGGGUUUAACACAGAGAGAAAGGGGAGGAGAUUAACCCCAGAGGAAAAAUUGUUCCUGGUGGGGAUUGCAGUUCUUGCCCUACUUCGUGUGGCUCAGUCACUGAAGAGAAACUGGUCCCCUCUGGCCAGGUUUGAUCAGUCGUCUGGCUGCCUAUCAGAGCGCAUUCCUUUCAGCAGCAUCACAACCACAAGUGCCCAUGCUCCAGCCUUCAAUCUACCCUUUUUCUGAUCUUCAAGUCUAGCUCUACAUCAUAUGAAUAGCUGUGAGGUAAAGGAGUUAUUACUUGGACAGUGUUGGGUGUGUGUGUGUGUGUGUUUGUUUUUAAAGCUUCUAGAAGGUUUAGGAGUAGCCAGUGUGGCAUAGUGGUUAGAGUGUUGGACUGCGACCUGGGAGACUAGGGUUCGAAUCCCCACACAGCCAUGAAGCUCACUGGGUGACCUUGGGCCAGUCACUGCCUCUCAGCCUCACAGGAAGACAAUGGUAAACCCCCUCUGAAUGCCGCUUACCAUGAAAACCCUGUUCAUAGGGUCGCCAUAAGUCGGGAUUGACUUGCAGUCCAUUUCCAUUUCAUGUUAGUCUACAGGAAAAAAACAGCAAAGAAAGCUGAUUCACGCAACAUAGUAAGCCAGAUUAUGGCUUAGUGAGGCUGUGCAACCAUGCAGACCCCCAGAGAGGAGUUUGCACCCACUUUGCUCCUUCCAGGUCCUUUCUAGCGCACUGAGAUGAGCCAAAGUUUAGCUAAGUGUGUCAUUCAAACCAGGCAUUGUGCUUAAGCCCUCUCCAUGUUAACCACGAGCUCUAGCCAAGAUCCGCACUGCUGCAGUGAAAUGGGCCUGCUGUGAGCUCCUCUCUGGGAGCUCACGUGUUUGCGGAGCCUCCCUAAGCCAGCCUUCAUCACCCUAGUGCUGCCCCAUGUUUUGGACUACAACUCCCAUCAGCCCCAGCCAGCGAAGCAAAGGCUGCACUGAGCCAUAGGCCAGCUUUCUGUGCCACCUGAGCCGGGUCAGAGUCUUGUACCUUAAAAGAUUAACAAAUUGUUUUUGACAAAAGCUUUCAUGGGCCAGAGACUCCAUUUUGUCAGAUGUUUGAAAUGACCCCAUCAUCUGGUUGCAGAGGAAAGAAACAUGAUAAAUUUGCAGAGUGGAAAGGAUAUGGCUAUCACUGGCUGCUAGCCAUGAUGGCUGUGCUCUGCUUCCACCAUCGGAGGUGGUAUGCUUCUGAAUGCCAGUUGCUUGAAACUGCAGGAGGGGAGAGUGCUGUUGUGCUCAGGGGUCCUUCUUGUGAGCAUCUGGUUAGCCACUGUGAGAACAGGAAGCUGGACUAGAAGGACCACUGGCUUGAUCCAGCAGGCUCUUCCUGUAUUUUAUGAAUGAGGCCAGGCAAAACCAAAGAGCAGUUGAAUAGUCCAGCACAGUACUUGCCUGGACUCCAAAGAGGAACGUGGCAGAGGAUGGUGACCGGCAAUGCGUUGCUUGAUCAUUUGGCUUCACUUUAAAUCGUGCAUAAUCAUUUCUCUCCCAAUGUCCCUCUGUACUGCAGGUAUAACUUCCUGCUAAGGUGUCCAUUUUAUACACCUGAUGAACUGGGCCCUUUUUAUGCUGUGAUGAAUCUGUUGACUUGGAAGGCGGUGCGAUGGGCUUCUACAAGCGAAUUAGAUUUAGGAAGCCCUUUCCUCCCUUUCAUGUUGAGAACAUUUGAGGGGCAGGGGGAAGGACACAGCAAAGACUCUGAUUUCAAGUUGCCACAACAGAACACGAACAGUGUCCCUUUUUACAUUGCGGGAAACAAGUUAGCCAAUAUGGCGUGUAUUUUACGGUUUUGAGAUCGCCUUACUGAGUUCUGCCUUUCAGAUUAGGGCCACACUCUUUUUCUUUUUUAUGUAGGGUGUUUGGAAUGCAUACUUUAAAAUAAAAUUAUUACAGUACAUUCUAUUGCCAUUAUUUAUGGUUGUUGCAAUGCUUUAAUGACUUAUUUAUACAACUGGGGUUUCUUCAGAUAUUAUCCAGAAAGCAAGUUGCAAGGAACCCCAAAGCAACUAGGAACUCUUCACUCACCUUCUGAAUUCACCUCAGGAUAAAGCGUUGAGGCCAUUGCUGGGCAUGUCAAAGUUGAUAAAUUGAGUGUGGAAUUUGCCACAAGCGCCCAGCAACCUGGCACCAAAGGUGUGAUGCUGAACUCGUGGUUUUAUACAAGGCCAUCCAUGCCUAUGGCGCUUGUGCUAGGUAAAUAGUUAUGCCUUUUACUGAGUCAGACCAUUGGUCCAUCUAACCCAGUACUAACUACUCUGGCUGGCAGUGGCUCUCCAGAGGUCUCUGCUUGAUCAUCAGCUGCUUCCUGUUCCCUUUUUAAAUUGUAUUUAUUAAACCAAUUUAUAAACUGCUGCACAGCAUAAAGUUGUCGAAGCAAGGAAAAGUGGAAUCAGAAUAAAACAAGCCUGAUCCUUUCAACUGGUGAUGCCAGGGCUUGAACCUUCAGCUUAGUGUAUUCAGAGCAAGUGCUUGAAAACUGAGCUACAUCCUUUUCUUACUGGGGCUGGGCUUUCCUCUCUUGAGAAGUUCCUCCAUACUUCUCCCUGCGUCCCUUUUAGCACCAUGAAAGCUCAAGUCAAGAGCUGCUUUUCAAGAAAUCGCAGUGAGGGAAGUCCUCUGUUACGACACACAAAACCCUGACCCAGGCUGCAUUCACACUGUACAUUUAUUCCACUAUUAUUCCACUUUAAACAGUCAUGACUUCCCCCAAAGAAUCCUGGGAAGUGUAGUUUGUGAAGGGUGCUGAGAGUUGUUAGGACACUCCUAAUCUCACAGAGCUACAAUUCCCAUAGUCCCCUGGGAAGAGGGAUUGACUGUUAAACCUCUCAGGGAAUUGUAGCUCUGAGGAAAAUAGGAGCCUCCUAACAACUCUCAGCCCUCUUCACAAACCACACUUCCCAGGAUUCUUUGGGGGAAGCCAUGAGUAUUUAAAGUGGAAUAAUAGUGGAAUAAAUGUCUGGUGUGAAUGUGGCCCCAUGUCAGUUCACUGGAAAAUGAUUUCUCACAAGGGUGAGGUGUGCUAUGGGUGUGAGGUUGGCCUCCUUCAGCCACCCUUCCCUCCCAAGACAGACGCUGUCUGCCCCGGACCGAGCAGUUGAGUGCAAGGCCCUGCCGUUAUCAUCGCAGUUAGGGGGUAUUCUGGCUGAAAAGUUUUUCACCCAUAAUCCCUGAAGCAGAAGUUUCUGCACAUUGGCUUCUCAGUCAAGUUCAUCUAUGAAGGCUGCAAUCCUAACCCCGCUUACCUGGGAGUGACCCAAUUUAAUUCAAUGGGGCUUCUCCGCAAACAUAGUUACGAUUCUGUAGUUCCAGUUCUUCCUUUACUCAGCAGGAUUGCUGUGGGGUGGAGAGGAGGUGGGUGGGAAUGCAUCAGCCAUGGGGUAAAACUGAUCUGCCUCACGACAGUUGCCUCCCCCCCCUUACCAGGGCUUAAAGAGGAGUCCCUGUCUUUAACGUGGCUUGCAAUCCAAAUUUCAGCUUCUUGGCAGUUCAAGGGAACUACGAGAGAUCAGCAGACAAAGCCAACUGAAUAAUGUUUCAGAAUAACAUUACUAAAUCAAAAAUACUUCAAUACCUUGAAAUUCUGUUUUGGAAGCAUUGGGGCCUAGACAACUAAGGCUGCAAUUCAGUACAUACAGACCUGGGAGUAAAGUAAAGUUAGAGCAAAAUAUGGCGGCCAGACUGCUAACAAGAACUAAGCGGUCUGAGCAUAUAACACCUGUUCUGGCUCGCUUGCACUGGCUUCCAAUAUGCUACCGGGCCAGAUUCAAAGUGUUGGUACUAACCUAUAAAGCCUUAUAUGGCGCGGGACCACGAUACCUGCAGGAACGCCUCUCCCGUUAUGAACCGGCUCGUACACUACGGUCUACUAUGAAGGCCCUCCUCCGGGUCCUGACCCAUAGGGAGGCCCGGAGGGUAGUAACAAGAUCUAGGGCCUUCUCAGUGGUGGCCCCAGAAUUGUGGAAUAGUCUCCCUGAGGAGGUAUGCCUGGCGCCGACACUAUUAUCUUUUCGGCGCCAGGUUAAAUCCUUUCUCUUCUCUGAGGCAUUUUAAUCUAAGUUAUUUAUGUAAAUGUUGUAAUUUUUAUUUUAGAUGGUGUACUUUUAUAUUUGUUAUAUUGAUCUUGUAAUUUUAUUAUUGUAUAUGUUUCUAUGUUUGCUGCCCAGAGAGCUGUUUGCUAGUCGGGUGGGAUAUAAGCUGAAUAAAAUAAAUAAAUAAACCCAAUGGAGCUUACUUCUGAGUAGACACGUAUUGGAUUGCUUGCUUACCUAGGACUAAACCCCAUUGAAUUCAACAAGACUUUGUUCUGAGAAGACGUUAGAAUUGCGCUGUAAACUAUCUUGAAAUGUGAUGCUAAAUUGGGUGGGCCACUGGCCCUCCAGAUGUUGGAUUCCAUCAGCCCCAACCAGCAUAAAUUAAAAAAAUUAUUUUUUUAAAAAAAAUUUAAAUUGUGUUUGUGUUUUAAAAUUUGUAUAUUUGUUUUUAAUGUUUUUAAUUGCUGUAAACCGCCCAGAGAGCUUCGGCUAUGCGGCGGUAUAUAUAUGUAAUAAAUAAAUAAAUGGUCAGGGAUGAUGGGAGUUGUAAUCCAGUGACUUCUGGAGGGUGAUGGGUACCCCUCACUGAUUCACAAAGUCAAAAUAAUGGCUGUCGUUGAAGCACUUGUUGUUUUUAAUAAGCACUCCUCUUGGGAUAUAUGAAUGUAAGGCUGACUUAUUUUUUCCAGAAGCUAUGCAAAUGUGUCUAAAGUAGACACAAAGACAUAAGCUUUGUUCAGGUGGUCUGUGGCAUGUCCACACUGAAUAUUCAUAAUUUUCUAUUUCAUUGUAAAAUACAGUUUCUUAUAUUCUAUUUUAUUGUAUUGCAGUUGAAUUUUAUGUAAUGCAAAUUGUAAUACAAUAAAAUAUAUAAGAAAUCAAAGAAGUAAUAAAAAUGCAAUUAAAAAUCAUACAGACCUUUGGUUUCCAGAUUGGUUUAACAGUCAGUCCCUCUUCCCAAGGAACUCUGGGAACUGUAGCGCUGUGAGAUGAAGAGGGAGUCUCCCAACAACUCUCGGCAGUCUUCACAAACUACACUUCCCCACUUUAGGGGAAGCCAUGGCUGUUUAAAGUGGAAUAAUAGUGGAAUAAAUAUGUGGUGUGUACAUAGCCUAAGUGGUUUGCCAAGACCCUCAACAAUUUUCAAGUGGCCCUUGGUGGGGAGAAAAGGUUGGGAACGCCUGGUCGAAACCAUCUAGGCCGGGGUGGGAAAAGCUCAGGCCUGGGGAACUGAAUGUGGUCUUCCAGACUUCCCUAUCCAGACUUCAGGACUCUCCCUAAGCUGGUGUUCUUCACCUUUGGGUUCCCAGACCCCAGCAGUUGUUGGACUACAACUCCCAUGAUCCUUGACCAGCUGCUAAACUAGCUGGGGAUGAUGGGAGUUGUAGUCCAAGAACAUCUGAGGGCCAAAGGUUGAAGAACAGUGCACUCCUGGCAGCACCCCUGCUGCAUGCCCUCAAGUGUGUGUUGCCUAACUGGAUUGUGCCCUUGAACUCCAUGAUGCCUCUUGAUUGCAUGGGUGGAGGAUGAAAAGGGGACCAGGGGGGUGUCCAUGGGGGAAUGCAGCCCUCAGGCUGAAAGAGUUUCUCCACCCUGAUCUAGACAGACACACACAUUCAGUGUUUUUUUAAGUACUGUAAAUAAAUAAUCGAGCCGCUAUAAUGGUAACUUAUUUAGCAACGUAACCCUUUUUAAAUGGUUGCAUCGAUGUAAGCGUGGAGGAGUUCGAAAGAGAUUUUCAGACGUGCAAAUUUGUAUAAGUUGAUGAGGGUUUCUUUCUUUGCAAGUUCAGUGGGAUUUUGUCCGUCAUUUCUCUCCAUGCAUACUAAUAUUUAUUUCUGCUGUGUCUUGGGAAGAACUGCCUUGAUAAUUGUCAUAAUAAGUAGAUGUGGCUCUGUGAUGGACGCUGCUGCUGCCUGGAUUGGUUUGGUUUGGUUGGUUUUUGUGUUUUUUUAAAUCACUUUUCUCUGAAGAAUUUUUACCUACUCUAGUUUUAAAAUAAUUGCUAAGAU